AUGAUCCUUUCCAAUCGUCUUUUUGCCAUCGCUACCUUUGCAUUUUUGCUGUUUUUCGCGGCUGUCAGUGCGGAGGUUUGUACUUUUUCAGCUUUUUUUCGUUUUUCUUUCCAAUUUAUUGUGAAUUCUUGCUUUGAAGAUAUCCAAAUGUAAAGAGAUCGUUUUUAGAUCCAUCAUGGCUCUAGAAAGGCUAAGAAAAGGACCUAAAAAAGGUGCUUCAUUUUUACCAGCUAAUUUGCCUCUUUUUUUUUUUCUUUCAAGUUAUUUUUGUAGCUUUAGUGUCCAGAAGUGCCAGCAAUUUUUUUCGGACAUACGAAAAGGACCUAAAAAGGCUCCCAAAGGCUUCCUAAGGAAUUAUUUUACGCCUUUUUUUUCAUCAACCUUUUUACUUGCCUUAGCUUGCAGGAGUCCAAAGAUCAGCCAUUUUUCAAAAUUUUGCAAAAAGUUCAUAAAUUAGGAAUUGAAAAAAACCCCAAAAAAAGUCUUUUUCAUCCUCCCUUUAUUUUCUAGUGAAUUUGAAGUUUUUUUAACACCUCUGGUCCAAAAUAAUUCGCUAAAAAAGAAUUUCAAAAUAAUUUGAAAAAAAUCUUCUCUCUUGGGAAGGUAUUGAAAAUUACUCACUUUCUGAAAAUUGCUCACUGAGAAAGUCUCAAGUGCCCACUUCAGAGGUAGCUCUUUCUUGUCCUCUCGAGAGGCUAUUGAGAAGAUCAGUGACUCAGUCACUGAAAAUAAAUAGUAUUGUUCACGGAAAAUAGAUUUUUAAUAUAUUCGGUUCUUUCUUAACUCGAUAGGAUGAUUACUUGAUUUUCUGGGAAGUUAAAAGUGAAAAAAACUUUUUCGUCAUGUGUUCUUUCACUCAUGAUAAGACUGUGAAGUAUCCCCAAAACUGUUGAAAAGGGUUACGGUAAGCAACUUUGUGUACACCGUUUUCGCUCUUUUUGAGCACGGCAUUGUGUUCCUGGGAAAAGCUCUAGUGACCCCUUAAGAGGUUUUUCGAUGACUACUUGGAGAGGACACUGAAGUGGCCACUAAAGCCACUAUCUUGCGUCUUAGUGGCCACUAUAGUAGUUUUUAGUGGUCUAGUAACAUCACUCACAUUUCUGAAGAGGCUGCAAGAUUUUGGUCUCUUAAGUUGCCACUAAAUCGACUACUGUAGGGGGCACUGACGCGUCAAAACUCUUAAGUGGCCACUAAAGCCACUAUCUUGCCUCUUAGUGGCCGCUAUAGUAGCCUAUAAAACACCAGUUAUAUACCUAAAGAGGCUGCUUUAGUCUUUUAAACUGCUACUAAAUCGACUACUCUGGGGUCCACUGAUGCUUCAAAACCCUAAAGAGGCCACUAAAGCCACUAUCUUGCGUCUUAGCGGCCACUGUAGUAGUCUAUAAAACACCAAUUACUUAUCUAAAGAGGCUGCUACAUUUUAGUCACUUAAGUCGCCACUAAUUCGUUUACGAUAAGGGCCACUAAAGGGGAAAAACCCUAAAGUGGUCACUAAAGCCACUAUCUUGUCUCUUAGUGGCCACUACAGUAGUAUUCAAUGGCUUAGAAACACCUGUAUGAUUCCAGAGAAGCCGAAGAGUGAAACGGCAAUGUCCAUGUGCUGGACUCUCCAAUAUGGCUUGCAAGUGCACGACCCAAAUCUGCGCCUGUGCACCAAAAAGGUACAAUCUAACCCACGAUUGUUCAUGGAUGGUAAUUUCAGAACAUUCAACCCGAUAGUGGUCCCUCAACAAACCCCGCCAAAAGCUUCCGUCGUGAUCCGACCAGUCUUCGGUAGCACUUGCAACUCGGACUGCAAUUCCAAGGUUCCCUUUUUUCGAUUUUGAGGAAAUUUUUUUGGUUUGAAAGGAAACGCUAGAGUGAUCACUAGAGGGGCUAAAGAAUAAAUCCCUCAGUGCUCCCUAGAGGGCUCAAAUGUAGGGGGUCUGACCCCUGUUCCGUUAAAUAGGGGUCUUUUAACUUUGUUCUGAUUUGACAUGUUUGCUCUUUUGAAAGCCCUACAGGGGUAGGUAAAGUGGCCCCUUGAGGGGAACCUGCAAGAAGCUCUAAAGUCGCCCCUCUAGUGACCACUCUGGCGUUCCUCAGUAGUGUAGGCACACUUUUUCACACACACGCUUCCUGAAGAUCCUCAAAGUUGUAAACUGUUUUCUCUUGGAUUUUAGACCCAAGUGAUCUCUUUAGGGUCCACAUUGAUCUGUCAACACACUAUUAUUUUUAAAGAAAUUUGAAAAAUCGAUUUCAGUGCACCUCUGUUUGUCAGCAACAGCAGUACUCGAGCAGCCAAUGUGCCACGUCCUGCGGAAAUUCCUGCUCGAGGGUCUGUAAGCCCGCGGCGGCGCCCACAACCACGACGACGACCGCCGCGCCGACCGUUUUGCCACUGCAGGUUUGUGGUUUUGAGAUUUUGAAGUUAGGAUCUUGAAACAAGCUUCAAUUGAACUCUAGUGUAAAAGGAAAAAAUGGAUAAUUUUUCAAAAAUUAUCGUUUGAUUUUAAAAGGGAAUAGUCUCCGGUCGCAGCAGGACUUCUGAAUAAGACCAAGUUUACUAGAUGUAACUUUUUAUGCUGAUUCCAAAUUUGGUCUUGGAUACUGCCACAUAGGCCUGUGAGAAAAGUUAGCACCUCUCAAAAGGCGAAAGUUUCAAUGUCUUUAAUUGAGGUUUUCUUGAUUUGACUAUUUUAAUCGAAAUUUUAUUGGUCUACCUAAAUAGCCCAUGAAACCGCUACAUGACCGCACUUCUGCUCAAGUUUCUCCAAAUUGAUAAUAAAAGAAAUUUUUCGAGAAAAGUCGUUUUUGAAGCCAGCGUAUCUCUUUUAAGAGUUUUCAAGUUUUCAAAAACUGUUUUUUUCAACUUCUAGCGCCCAUAACUUUUUUCCCAAGCCUUUUGUGAAUCUCUCAAGCACAGAUUUGGAAUCAGCGUGAAAAACUGCGUCUAGUGAAAGCUUCUCUGGAACUCCUAGUGCGACCUGAGACCCUGGAGUGAACCAUGAAGAAUUUUAAAAAGUUCAGCUCCAAAUCAGCUUGGUGUCCAACGACCAGUCCUGCAUGCCGACCUGCACAUCGUCCUGCAAAUCCUCGUGCACUCCGACGAUCUCUCAGCAGACCUGUGACUCUUCCUGUCAGUCGACCUGUGCAUCUAUGUGUCCGCCUCCGCAGCCCCAGCAACAGCCCCAGCAGCAGCCCCAGCAGUUCAGCUUCCAGCCGUAUUCUCAGGUAAGAUAUAGCCUGUGUACCACGACUCGGAAUUUCACCGAACGACAUUCCGCUGUGCCGCUGUGCGCCUUUGCGAACCUUGGUUGCGCUUUUGACUUUCAUUUAUUUUAUUAUGGUACUCUACUUUCAUGUGCUCCCACAGCAAUACCAAUCAAUUGAAAGCGUGACCUAGAUUCGAAAGACGCUUCGCGAACGCACGCAGCGGAACAGCGGAAUGUCGUUCGGUGAGACUUCAAGUCGUGGCACACAGACUACAUAGCGUAUUUCGCGUGGAUUGUCGGCCCCUCGAGCUACAGAACCCCUUUUUCAAUGCGCGCGGCUCGUCUCUUACCAUGCGCCUUUAAAAUUACACAAUCUUUGGCCACAUCAUGGCGUUUUUGUUAGUGGAAGAGACUAAAAUGAACUGGGUGGAGUCAAAACCUCCGCCGUUCCCACGUGACGUCAUGGGAAACAAGAGUAAACAACAGGGAAUAUUAAAGGCGCAUGUUCAAUGGGUCAUGAGGCGAAUCGAUUUCUCAUGUAAAAAAUUUAUUUUUUCUGUUGCCAUGUUCAGAAUAGAUUCGCGAAUCAGCUAGAGAAUAAAAAAUAUAACUUAACUUUGAAAAUCCAGAAAGAAUUUUGAAUUUCGCGGCAUGUGCGAGAGCGCCGCAGUGCAUGCACACCGACACACCACACUCUACGGAAAAGAGCGGAGCAUCGUCGAAAAACGCCGUGGCAUUAAAGGCGCAUGCACAGGGACAAGAGAGUGAUAAUGUGGCUCUGAAAAAAAAUCAUGAAACUCUGGUCUAUACUUCGAAAUACACACACCAUCGUUUUUUGUGAAGAAUAUGGGCACAUAACCAAUUCACGACCGUCUUGAGCCAUCGGAAAAAAGUCCUGACACGAUUUGAAAAUAUGGUAUUUCAGAACACACCACCACCAACACUGAUUCCGUUCACCUUCACAACGGCUGCUUCGACCACCCAGCCUACCCAAUCUCCCAUCAAAAUCAAUAUCAAGGUUGCUUUUCUUUGGCCUUCUGAAGCUCAACAAUCAGAUCUAAUCAUUACCGCGGCUGAAGAAUUGGGUUUUGUAUUUCCAAAUAGUUCUCUCUUAUCAUUUGACUUGUCGAAUGACAGUUUUUCCCUUGUAAAUGAAUUUAUUAAAGCUUCCAGGUCCAAAACCCUGUCCCGGCGCAAGCCGCACCUCAAGCUGCCCCUCCAGCUUCAGCUCCUCCAGCUCAAAAUACAAUGGUAUAUAUCAUUUAUCUCGCAUUGAAAACAGCUCGGAAAAACAACAUUUAGCGGUUGCGUAUAUUUUUUUGGCGCCAAUUUGAAAAUAUUUUUGUAGAUAAAAAAACUACCUCGACUCCCCUAUAGAAGACACCAAAGCUUUUUAAAAGCGGCCACUCUAGGGGUCACUGAAACUUGCAAAAGUGGCCACUGUAGGGGACACUGAAGCUUGCAAAAGUGGCCACUUUAGGGGACACUGAAGCUUGCAAAAGUGUUCACUCUAGGGGACACCGAAGCUUGCAAAAGUGGUCACUCUAGUGGACACUGACGCUUGCAAAAGUGGUUACUCUAGUGGACACCGAAGCUUGCAAAAGAGGCCACUCUAGGGAAGUAUGCCAGUGGUCCCUAUCUGCCUUUUUACCUUUCAAAGAGUAACAAAAAGUUGAAAGACCCCUAUAGGGAUCACUUCAGCAAACUAUCAGACUGUGAACUCCUUCAUGGAUCACCUAAGUAUUACCCUAUAAAAAUCAUCACUUUGUCCACUAUAGGGGUUUUUUCCUCAACCCCUAGAGUGACCACUCUGGCGUUCCUCAGUUUUUUCGCUUCCAGAAAGAUUCUCCGUGCUACACGCAAUGUAAUACUGGAUGUCGGGAUUCGUGUCCAAAACGGAAUCCCUUGCCGACGGAAGGUUGCGACACCAGCUGCUCCAAUACUUGUACUGAGGUUUGAAGAAAGUGAGCAAAAAUAAGAUGACGCUCAAAAUCCUUGAAGGUUUGCUCACCGACCUCAAACGCCGUAACGGAAAUCGCGUCAUUCCCCGUCAUGCUGGACCCCAAACAAAGGUAUACAUUUGGAAGAUCCCUUUCAAGGAGAAUGGGGGUCUUUUGAAGAAGAUUUUUUGAAAUCCAGAUGCUCCUCCGAGUGUCAAUCCGUGUGUCAACUGGCUUGCGUAUCGCAGAAAACGACGCCGUCGGCGUUUUGCAUCGACACGUGUGCGCCUCAAUGUGAGAGUGCCUGCACAAGUCCUGAGGUACCGUAAUCCGGAAAAAUAUAGUCUGUUCAGAUUUUUAAUGUCAAGUGCAAUGACGUCAUUCAAAAACACUCUGUAGAUGGCUCGCUCUCUGAUUGGUUUAUCGCGCGAUUAGGGGCGGAGCUUGAGUGACGACUUGACAUUCAAAAUCUGAACAGACUAUACCUGAGUGAAUAUUUGCUGACGUAGAAGAGUUUCGUUAAUUCGCAAAAUCUAAUAAACUUUUUGGUCAAAAUCCACUGAAGUGGACCCUCAAAUCCAGCUUGUGCGGUUUUUUAUAGUUUUGCAAGCGUAUCGUGACUGAAACAUGGCUCUGUCAAAUUAAAUACCUUGAGGGACCACUCGGAUAUAUCAAGUAGCCAAAUGCUUGUUCAAUCCGCUUCUUAAGGGACUACUUGAAGAAUCCUUGAAAGUGCACUUCAGUAGCUGUGCUUUCUGCCGGAUCAGUUUAUAUAGAUCUUUUUUUUCUUAUGGUCGAUUUCACACUUCUUCCAAGUUGAGUAAUAGUGAAUAGUGCACUGACAUGAGAUCCAAGUUCGGAUAUGCACAGGAACAUUCCAUUUUUUGCCAUUAUUUCCGAGAAGUUUCGAGGUGUCCUUCUAGAAAAAAGCAAGAUUUCAGGUACAACGCAACUCGGCGAUCCUCUUCACGACGCCGCAGAACUCGCCGGCGACUUCCGCGGCUGCAGACUCGACGGCUUCCCCGAUUCGGAUCAAUAUUCAGUUGGCGACACCGGCGAGCGCCAGAAAGUGAAGAUUCUUGUCUCUAUUUCAUUCAAAACAUUUGGGGAGGGGGGCGUUGAAAGGAGCUUUAAUGCGAGAAGAAACUAGAACAAGUUGAUUUUUUUUUCUAGGCAUGACUCAGAGUAGUCCCUAUAGGGGCAACCUUAGAAGCCUUUGAAGGGUCACUUCUGACGACCACUUUACGAACCCCUAUAGGGUCCACUAAAUCUUGCAAAAGGGGUCCCCAUAGGGAUAUUAGGGAAAUGUUAGAUGAUAAUUUUAAUGAACUCUAUGCGAAGAAGCAUUUCCAUGCGAAAAACUGAGAAAAACCUUUUUUGAAUAAAAUUGGACGACCCCUAUAGGGACCACUUGAGCUUGAAGGGGGCCACCUUGAUUUUACCCCGUUAGGGACCAUUUUUCGGUUCCUAUAUGGGACUAUUUUUCCCCUAACAUUAUAGGGACCCCUCAAAAAUUCCUAAGACUUUCGAUAUUGGGAAGGAACUAAGUGAAUGGACUUUUUGAACUUGUUAGGGUCAUACUAUAAAAAAUACAGACACGUCUAAAUCUCUUCUUUUUGCUCACUAUUUUCCUAAUCGUCUCGAGACCCAUGUGCAGCUGGGGGUGAAUGAGUUAUGCUUUUUUUAAAUUUUUGUCAUUUAUGAUGAAUUCCAGAAUGAGCCGAGACGAGUGCGACACCUACUGCCAGCAAUCUUGCGAAGGCCAAUGCUCCCAGGUACAGAACCCCACCUGCCGGCCGUCUUGCAACGAUCAGUGCCAUCAGAAUAUCUGUCCUUCAUGA